AUGGUGCCUCAGGCAAGGGUGUCACAAGCUGAUUUGGAUCCAAGAGUUGUAUUUCACUAUGGGAUUCCAUCUACUGCAUCAAUUCUCGCACUUGAUCGCACUCAGAGCUUGUUGGCAAUUGGAACCUUGGAUGGCAGGAUAAAGGUGAUUGGUGGCGAUAAUAUUGAAGGGCUUCUGAUAUCUCCUAAGCCAUUGGCGUUUAAAUACUUAGAGUUCUUAGAAAAUCAAAGUUUUCUAGUUAGUGUCUCAAGUGAAAAUGAAAUUCAGGUUUGGGAUUUGGAACACAAGCAAAUAGCUGGUUCUUUACAGUGGGAAUGCAAUAUAACUGCCUUCUCUAUUAUUUAUGGCACCAAUUACAUGUAUAUUGGAAACGAAUACGCAAUGGUGUCUUUGGUGAAGUAUGAUGCAGAAGAUCAAAAAAUCAAAUUACUGCCGUAUUAUAUUACUUCAAACUUCAUAGCUGAAGCAGCUGGAAUGUCAUUGCCUGAUACUCUUUCUGUUGUUGGAGUUCUCCAUCAACCUAGUUCUCCGGGAAACAGACUGCUGAUUGCAUAUGAGAAUGGUCUGCUUGUUCUCUGGGAUGCUUUACAAGAUCAAGUUGUUCUUGUAAGAGGUUCCAAGGACCUUCAAGUGAAGGAAGAAACAGUCCAUAGUUAUCCUAGAGGCAAAAGAACUGAGCUUUCUGAUGCUAAAUCAGACAGCAAACAGGUGGAGAAGGAGAUAAGCUCUCUUUGUUGGGUAUGUGAUGAUGGGUCGACUCUUGCCGUUGGCUAUGUAGAUGGUGAUAUAAUGUUUUGGGAUUUAUCAACUGCUGCCUCUACCAAGGAUCAUAGAUCUAAAAAUAUAGCUAACAAUGUUGCAAAGCUACAGUUAUCAUCAGAUGACAAGAGACUCCCUGUCAUAGUUUUACACUGGUCUGCAAAUAGGUUGAAUAAUCAUCCUAGGGGACAACUAUUUGUUUACGGAGGUGGAGGAAUUGGAUCUGAAGAAGUUCUCACGGUUCUCAGCGUGGAUUGGUCUUCAGGAAUAGAAAGUCUGAAAUGCCUAGGUCGUGUAGACCUUACACUUGUUGGUUCAUUUGCAGAUAUGGUUUUAUUGCCGGCUGCUGGAGCAAUGGAGAAUGGUGACAUAUUGCUAUUCACUUUGACAAAUCAGGGACAACUGCAUGUCUAUGAUGAGGCUUGCUUGUCUGCCUUGAUGUCUCAGGAAAAGAAAAAAACUGAUGGGACAGCAGUGCAGUAUCCUGUGUUCAUACCUACUACCGAACCUUGUAUGACAGUGGCAAAGCUUGCUUUGGUCGAUAGAGAUGGGAAAUACUCUUCACCUCUGUGUAAGGUACAAGUUGCUGUUGACAAGUCUAAUGCGGAAAACACUUUGAACAAGGGGGGUGCAAAGUGGCCUUUGACGGGUGGUGUUCCCAGCCAACUUCGUGAUGAUUAUCAUGUUGAGAAACUAUAUGUGGCAGGAUAUCAAGACGGAUCUGUUCGAAUAUGGGAUGCCACCUAUCCAGCUCUGUCGCUUAUCUAUGCUAUAAGUCCUGAGGUAAAAGGUAUCAGAUCCACAGGUGCAAAUGGAACAGUAUCAGCAUUGGAAUUUUGUUCUCUUACUUUAAAAUUAGCUAUUGGUGAUGUGUGUGGUCUGGUUCGACUGUAUAAACUAAUAGGGCGUCCAGACAAGACAGAAGUGCACUUUGUGACAAAAACAGAAAAGGAAGUUUAUUCUUCACAACAAGGUAAUGGGCCUCAGUGCACUGCUGUGUUUUCUAUUCUUGAUUCUGCUAUAUGCAUUCUACAAUAUACCAAUUUUGGAGCAAGACUUGCUGUGGGGUAUGAAUGUGGCCAGGUUGCAAUGCUUGAUAUUAGUACAUCGUCAGUUUUGUUUCUUACAGACACUGUAUCCAACUCAAGUUCCGCAGUCAUCUGUCUGCAUGUGAAAUCAUUUUCAGAUACUAAUAGCUUAUCACAGAGCUCUUUGGGCUCUGAAUCCAAGAAUUCAACUGAUCCUGAAAUUGGAAUGAAACCAAAGGAUUCUGAAUCCGAGACUGUAAGUGAUUCUGGAAAUGGGUUGGCAAUCCCAAAGGACUCUGAAUCCAAGAAUGUGGCUGAUCCUGAACAUGGAAUGAGUGUAAAAGAUACUGAAUCCAAGACUUUGAGUAAGGCUGAAAGUGGAUUGGUGUUUGUCAUGACCAGAAAUGCACAUAUUGUUGUUUUAGAUAGUGGAACUGGUAAUAUGAUCCGGUCCUGGCCCCUGCAUCCCAAAAUGGAUUCUACUGCGAUUGCGCUGUACAUAAUAGAGGAUGGUGAUAUUUUAUGUGAUAUGUCGAGUGCAAAAAAGCAAUCUUCAGACUCACCUCACAAAGGCGAAGUUAAACUUGAUAACGUACCACCAAAUGCUGACUCUGGAGGGACACAGCUUGUAGUUGACCCGGAUACCUCCAUCAAAACUGCAUACUUUGUGCAGAGAUCGCUGAACAUAUGUGUAUUACUUUGUUGUGACAACACAUUGCACUUGUAUUCAUUAAAGUCUGCACUUGAGGGUGACAGUAACUCCAUUCUGAAGGUGAAUCUUGUAAAACUGUGUUGCUGGACUACAAUCUUCAAGAAAGAUGGGAAAGACAGUGGUUUGGUAGUACUCUAUCCGACAGGAGUAUUUGAAAUCAGGUCUUUUCCAAAUCUUGAAGUGGUGAGAGAGAUAUCACUAAUAACAAUUCUAAGAUGGAACUUCAUGACUAACAUGGAUAAGACAAUCUGUUCUUCUGAUCGUGGACAAAUAAUUCUGGUAAAGGGGUGUGAAUUAGCUUUUGUAUCUCUUUUUGCCUAUGAAGAUGACUUCAGGAUUUCGGAGUCCUUCCAUUGUCUUCACGAUAAAGUGCUUGCAGCUGCUACAGAUGUCAUUACCAAUUUAUCUCUUAGGCAGAAACAGAGUGCUGCCCAUGGGAUUUUAGGAGGUUUCAUUAAGGGCUUAAAAGCGAGCAAAACAGAUAAGAACAUGGAUCCAAGUCAGCCAACUGGAAAUCAUGAAACAUAUUGUGCGAAUUUGGAGAGCUUAUUUUCAAACCCCCCAUUCUUGAAACCUUCCACAGAUGUGAAGGAUAGCCAAGAACCCGUGAUGCUUAACCUAGAUGAUAUUGUAAUUGAUGGACCUAUUACUGUCUAUCCUAAAGAUCAAAAGACCAAGGGGGAAAAGAAAGCAGACAAGGGAUCAGAGAAGAAAACGUUAUUUGAAGGCACAACUAGUGAUACAAAGCCAAAACCAAGGACAGCUGCAGAAAUCAAGGCUAGAUAUAGAGAAACUGGGGAUGUCGCUGCAGCAGCUGCACGCGCAAGAGAAAUGCUUGCAGAACGUCAGCAAAAACUAGAGAAACUCAGCGAAAACACAGAAGAACUAGCGAGUGGAGCUCAAGACUUCGCAUCAAUGGCAAAGGAACUGGCCGAGAGAAUGGAGAGUCGUAAAUGGUGGCAGCUAUGA